AUGGUCGACAUUGGAAUCAAGCUCGAAGGGGAAGAGAAAUAUCCACUGACGUACAUCCACACAAAGGAAGGGACAAAGAGUUACAUCACAGUCAAUCAAAAAGAAACAUUGAAAGGUUUUGUCCACCUCAAAACACAAAAGCCUUUUCAGUUCACUGGGUUGCUUCUAUCUUUUUCUGGGGUGGUCGAUAUUAAUAACUCGUCAAAGGUUUUUCAUGAACAAAAUGUGACCCUUUCCCCUCCUUCUAUUUCUACAACCACCUCAUUCCCCUUUUCAAUCGACUUGAACGCUCCAAUAGACAGUUACUCAAGUAGCAACGCCACUAUAUCUUACAUCCUCAAAGCUUCAUUCCUCAAUUCCUCUUUACGGACUUUUGUCCAAGGUUCUUUCACGUCCCAAAAAGUUAUUUAUGUGAAGUCCUACACCCCCACAUUACAAGGGAAAAAGUUGAACGACUCAGUCAGGCACUCACAAAUGCAACUCGACUUUACUUUAGACUCCAACACAACAACACUCAAGGGGUAUAUCUCAGGACACAUCUCAUUCGUUUCUUUAAGUCCAGAGACUUUUGUUGAAAAUGUGAAUUUGAUACUCGUGAGGAAUGAAGUGAUCAACGGAAAGACAGUGACAACAAAAUUAUUCACUUUAGAAGUGAUCGACGGCUCUCCUGAAGAACCCGUUGCAGUCCCUUUCAAGAUGUUUUUACAACCGCUUCACCUCGCACCUUCAAGUUCUGUUCCCGUUGCGUCGUUCUCUGUUGGGUAUCAAGUCAAACUCUCUAUAGAACUUCCAAAGAAGCGACUCUUUAGAAAUUACGACGUGACAAUCACGCGUUCUAAGACUCAAAAACAGAAGAAAAGCCAUAGAGAGAAGAAAGAGAGGAAGCCCAAAACAAAGCAACAACUUUCUUCUUCGGACUUCGACACUUCAAAAAGUUCUGAAAGUUGGAGUAGUCUCAAUGACUUGUUGGUGCUGAAUUCUUCACAUAACACAAAUGGAACCCCCCGCUUUGUCGAGUCGGAUUCGUCACAGUCGAGUCUUUGUUUGAGUCAAAGUGCAGAUGUCGAGCUUGGGAUACCCCAACCCGACUUAGAUGAGAAAGAAGAGGAUGUAGCAUAA